AUCAAGGGGUGGGACCAACGGGAUUUUUUUUUUCAUUGGAGAGGAAAUCCUAAGGAAAUGUGUGGGAUCAUGCUCCGUGUUUCCAAGUAGCCUUGGCAUUAUUGACAAACUAUUUUCGUUGUGUUCGUUAGUUUGUAUUGUAUACCGAUUGUCCGAUACAAACACGGGUGUGGUGACCGACAAGUAAGAGGGGGGAAGAGGGGAAGCGACCGUCAUUAGGUCAAAAUGUCGAUUCAGUACGAGGUGGAACAGCUGGCUGACAGCUACGGGGUUGCAGACUCGUUCCCCAAAGAUUUCGGUUAUGGUGAAGAGGAGGCCGACAUCGAGGACAGCCCGGCGCCGUCCGACAGCAAACCGAGAAUCCUGCUCAUGGGAUUGAGAAGAAGUGGCAAAUCAUCGAUACAGAAGGUGGUGUUCCACAAAAUGUCUCCCAAUGAGACUUUGUUUCUGGAGAGCACCAACAAGAUCUACAAGGACGACAUCUCUAGCAGCUCCUUUGUCAACUUCCAGAUUUGGGACUUCCCGGGUCAGGUUGACUUCUUCGACCCCACCUUUGACUACGAGAUGAUCUUCAGAGGAACCGGGGCUUUGAUAUUUGUUAUCGAUGCUCAGGAUGAUUAUGUGGAGGCCCUGGGCAGGCUUCACCUCACCGUGUCACGGGCCUACCGAGUCAAUCCAGAGAUCAACUUCGAGGUGUUUAUCCACAAAGUAGAUGGCCUCUCAGACGAUCACAAGAUCGAGACCCAGAGAGACAUCCAUCAGAGAGCUAAUGACGAUCUGGCAGACGCUAGCUUAGAAAAGCUGCAUCUCAGCUUUUACUUGACGAGUAUUUACGACCACUCCAUCUUUGAGGCCUUCAGCAAAGUGGUGCAGAAGCUCAUCCCUCAGCUUCCCACUCUGGAGAACCUCCUAAACAUCUUCAUUUCUAAUUCAGGGAUAGAGAAGGCCUUUCUGUUUGAUGUGGUCAGUAAGAUCUACAUCGCCACAGACAGCUCUCCUGUAGACAUGCAGUCCUAUGAACUGUGCUGUGAUAUGAUCGAUGUGGUCAUUGACGUCUCCUGCAUCUAUGGUCUGAGGGAGGACGGCAGCGGCAGUGCCUACGACAAGGAGUCCAUGGCCAUCAUCAAGCUCAACAACACCACUGUGCUGUAUCUGAAAGAGGUCACCAAGUUCCUGGCCCUUGUCUGCAUCCUGCGAGAAGAAAGCUUCGAGCGCAAAGGAUUGAUAGACUACAAUUUCCACUGUUUCCGGAAGGCCAUCCAUGAAGUAUUUGAAGUGGGCGUUUCCACCCAGCGUCCAGUGGGCUCCCAGGCAAUGGGCUCACCCUGCACCAAGGCUGUUGCACUGAAUGGCACGCCGCGCAACACUGUCUAGACACUGAUGCAAAAUAAAAAAUAAAAAGAGGGUAGAGGAAAGGAAAGAUGGAGAAGGGCCAGGGAGCCUGUAGAGGAGAGACUACUAAACUGGGGCUCACCGGCGCGCGAAUCACAAUCCCUUGCUCCCAGCACCUACAGUACUAAGAGACAGCUUGAGCCAAGAGUGUGUGAGACAGCACUGGAACACAACAGGGUCAGGCUUCUCAAGCUAAGAUGGAAGGGAAAUUCAAGCAUUCGUUUGAGGCAAAUGCAAGGCACCGUGUUGGCUGUGAGGAAGUCAAGUGAGUAAAACUGCACCUGGACAGGAAAAGGUUCAGGAUCUUUCUUUGGAUUUCCUAAAGCGGUCAAAGGCUGUGAUAAUUAGCUGCUGGUCCCUCUAAAAUGAACAAUGUGAGGAGGAAAAACAAACUCUUGUUGUAACCUCUUGCUAUGGACAAACUGUGAUGUCAGUUUUCAGGAAUUUGUCUAGUGAUGAACCCACCCCGGCCACUUCUGUGCUGAUGAAAAGAUGGUGGAUGUGAACUGCUAGUCCUAACCCACACAUGUUCAGAGAUGGCCUUAUGUAGAUAAAGCUUGUCUGCAGUGCAAGCUUUCUCUCACCACCACUCACCUCACCCUACCUGAAUGCUGCCCAGAACUCGCUUUUUUGUUUCACUUGUGAAGGGAAAACAAGGUUUUGUUAGCAGACUGAAAAGGGAUUGUGCUGUCCAACUAACUUGGUCUUGUGUGUGUGUAUGUGUGUGUAUGCAGGUAUAUGUGUGUGUGUGUGUGUGUGUGUGUCAAUGAAAGGGUUUGAUUAGAUCCCAGACUGGACUCUUUGUCUGUACUGGUGAAGGACCUUUACGAAAAUGUUCCCUGUCCUUCUUCUUAAUAACAGCAGCUUAGCAUAAUUAAACUAUUUUCAAUCAGUGAAAUUAACUUUUCUGUGUGUGCUCCACUGAAAAUCGAACUUUUGAUUGACUUUAUGAUGGGUUGUAAAAAUGAGUUUGGCUGGAAAUUUGGAAAUAGUCUUUGCAAAAGCACUGCCAAAAUGAUUAAAUGAUUCAGAAAGAGUAAAAUAAUGAAAAUAUGUCAUGAUCAAAACCUUAUUUGUUGCCAUCUAAGUAAGAAAGGAAUGUAUUAGAUCUGGCUGAAGUGCAGGACUGAUGGAUGGGUUCACACUCCAGAUUGGCUUUCUAAGACAUUUUGGGAUGAUGAUAUGAACUGGUUGAAACUAGCAUGUUUUUCCUCCUACAGUUUCAGUCCUGCCCAAAAUUAUUAACCCAUGUUUUAUAUUUAGUUAGGCUCUGUUCAGCAGGAUUCACAAGAAUAAAAUGUACCCAUUCCAAGCAUGCAUACACACUGCUCAUUGUAUUCAAAGGUGAGAAAAUGAAACUAACCAAGAAAAUUAAACAGAUAAAGGAGGAAAGACCAAAUUUUAUUACUUUUGCCAUUACAGUGACACAUAAGAUGUUCAUGCAUUUUCAGUUUGUUUAUCAGGGGUGAGAUGAUGGAACUCUGGCUGCAUCUAAAAACCAGGACUCACGAAGCAGGAUUAACAUCUUAUCUUGAUAACUUUGCUGAGUAAAAUGUUCAUGUUCCAGAUUUGAAGGUUUUACUUUGGCAAAAUUAUUCAGGUAACUCGGUAAACUUGCUUGAAACAGAUUGAGAAGAUUUUGGGCCUAUCAGUCAUUAUCAGUCACCUGAAAAUAAGAACUUGCACAUCAGAUAAUGGAUGAUUGAUUUCAUGUAUUGUGAUGCUAUACUAUGUGAAAUAAAUGAAAAUUUACAUUU